AUGCUCCGCCGCCCAGCGACAACGCUCUCCGUCACAGCCGAGGACAUCGCAUCCUACGAGGACCGCCGCGCGCGUGAGGCCCUCCUCCGCGAGCGCCAGGUCCUGCUGCAGGCCCAGCAGCAGCAGCAACAAGUGCAACAGCAACGGGUUCUCCAACAGCAGCAGCAACAGGCAUCCCAUCAACAGCAGCAGCAGCUUCUCUCAUCGCCUCAACACCACCCCCAACAACAACGUCAGAUGCAGCAGCAGCAGAUGCGGGAUGCCGACAUGACGGCAGAGUCCCUGGAAGACACGUACGACUACGACGAUGACGACGACGAUGAGGACCGCCAGCAGGAGAUUCUGAGGAGGCAGCAGGAGAUGAUGAGGGCGCAGCGGCAGCAGCAGGGCCGGCCCGGGAUGCAGACGACGCCUACGCCCGGGGACGGGGGCCGUGGGGGACGGAGCCGGGAGGAUCGGAUCGGGGUUGGUCGACGUGGUCGGUAA